AUGGCGCAGCGGACUAGUAGCAUCAGCCAGUCUGCGGCCAAGGCCAAGCAAUGGAUUCGCUCAAAGCUCAAGCGCGACGAGGCUGAGGCCUCGCCGUUUGCCCAUUGGCAAAACACCAUUGACACCAAGACCCUGCUGCGCAUUGACAAGAACACCGAACGACUCAUCACGCUGUGUCAGAAUCCGCGCCUGAAUCUUAAAAACAGUCCGCCCUUCCUGCAAGGCAUACUUUUUGACACCCGCGAACACUUGCACGCCCUCUUUGAGCGCAAUCCCCUCGAAGCCCUACGACAAAACGCUUUCGUCUCCAUCUUCCUGAUCAAAUUCCUGUCGCACUGCAAGCGGGCGAGCAACCUUUUCAAGGAAGCCGGCGAUCGCAUGGAGGAUGAGCAAUCUGAAGAUCGGCGUGAACUCAAUCGGUUGACCCUCGUCUUCUCUCACAUGCUCGCCGACUUCAAAAGCCUGACUCAGGACGCCAAGCUUGAUGCAGACUUUCUUAUCGUCAAGAUUGGUGCCCGCGAGUUCUGGAACGCGGCCUUCCCUCAUCGCUCCAUCGUGCCAUGGGGAGAAUUUCUCCAUCAGCUGAAGAAGGUGCACGAAAUUGGCGAACCAGAGGAGGCUGCCUUGAAGAAGACCAUGCCAUGGAAGCAGCUCAUCAACAACUGGAGCCUGAUUGCCAUCCGCCACCCGGCGUACCAAGCCUUCAUCACUUACGAUGAGGUCGAAGCCACCCUGAGCAAUCACCGCCACAAGCCUGGGUCCUACGUCUUCCGCCUGAGCUGCACUCGCCUCGGUCAAUGGGCCAUCGGGUUUGUGGCCAAAGACGGCCAGAUUGUGCAGACCAUCCCCCAGAGCAAGUCCCUGUAUCAGGCCUUGAUUGACGGUGCCGAGCAAGGCACCUUUUUGUAUCCCAACGGCGAGGAUGCCAACCCAGACAUUGCACAGCAAAUCAGCGUGACACCACAAGAGCGCAUCAAGGUGACGCAAGAACAAUACGACAUUUACUGCCAAAUUGACACGACCUUUGAAGUGUGCAAAAUUUGCAAUUCCAACUUCAAGAGCGUACGCAUUGAUCCGUGCGGGCACCUGCUCUGCCACCAGUGCUUGCGCAAGUGGAUUGAUUCCAGCAAUACACCAACCUCCUCCGCAACAACCUGCCCCUUUUGCCGCAAACAAGUGCUUAGCACGGAAAGCGUCACCAUCCAGCCUUUUAAUCCCUUUGGUGAAGACGACGAUGAAGUAGAUCUGGAUGGCGAUUUGGAGGGCCUGUAUGACAAUAGCGAGGUUGACAACGAUCUCGAAGAUGUUGAUGCUGUCAUCGCUCAAGCUUCUAUCGCCGCUCCGCCACCGCGACCUGCCUCUGCAGGCGUACCCAUCCAUCACCGACGUCCGCCCCCGGUUCCCUCUGCGUCACAGGGAACACCUCCACGCCGAACUGUCUCGACCGGGGAUCAACGCGUCGCUGGAGUGGCCCCAGAUGAGGUCUUGCUGCUUGAGCUGCAGAAUAUGGGGUUUGAACGCGAGGCGGCCGCAAAGGCCCUGCGCAUCUCUCGAAACAGCUUGGAGGUCGCAACAGAUAUCCUGUUACAAUUUCCUGCGUGA